AUGGCUUUUCGACAACAUUUGAUUGGAUUCUUAUCAUUUUUCUCUAUUUUUUUGAUAUUUUAUGCCUUCUCGAUCAAUGAAUUCUACCGUAAACUUCAUUAUACUGUUCCAAAAGUUGAAAUUAACAAAAAUUAUCCUUCAUUUAACAAGAGUAGUGAUCCGAUUAUAAUCACUCAUGCAACAGAUAUACAUGUAUCACAUCUACACCCUCGUACUUACUAUCGCCUUAACAAAACUCUUAAUUUUUGGGAGAAAAUGAUCAAACCAGUUUUUGCAGUUCUCAGCGGAGACCUUACUGACAACUAUUCACAUAAGAAAUCGCCUUGCUACGCAUAUCCUAUUGAAAAACAUUGGAAAAUUUACAAUGAUACGAUAACAAAUUCAGGUUUGAAUUUAGACAGAUUAUUUGAAAUAUUUGGCAAUCACGACUUAUUUGGUGUUUACGAUUGGGACGAUAACAAGUCCUACGCUUCAAUUUAUACAAAAACAAAGAGAUCAAGUUUCCACGCUUUUUCCCAAGUCAGAAACGGAGUAAAACUUAUUGGAUUCGUUCCGUGUGAGAUACCUUUUGGCAAUGGCCCACAACAAGUCGUUGCAACAAUGAGAACAAAGUACUUAGACGAACUUGAACGUGAAUUACAACAAAAAAGUGACGCGAAAUACGUUAUUAUUGUCUGUCACUUCACUCAUGAGUUUAUUUAUCCAUUACGUGCUCGAUCUACAUCCGGGAAGACCUACGAAGACCUGAUCAGAGAAUACAAUGUCACAUGUUUAUUGACAGGCCAUGUUCAUCCUAAAAAACUUGAAUUUGUUCAUUACGCAAACACAAUGGAAUUAACAAUGAUGUCGAUGAAGAAAUACGAUUUCUUUGCGUUAUUGUCAUUGGAUAAUGGAAGAAUCAAUUAUGAGCAACAUAGCUUUAAUGAUUCACAAAUAAGUCUAAUAACAAAUCCUGCUCCUUCGAAAUUACAAAGUUUUAAUUUCAUAGACAAAAAAAUGCCUGUCAGAAUUGUCACUUUUUCAAAUUUAAAGAACAAGAGUUUCAAAGUUAAAGGAAAAGGAAUUGAAGGAGAACUUAAAUGGGAGAAAUAUCUUGAUGAAAAUGUUUCUUUGUAUUCAAAAGAAUUCGAAUUCCAAAGUGGAGUUCAAAAUUUGACAAUUUCCGGAGAUUUAAAUCAAACAAUCGAAAUAGCAGUUGAUAGUGAAUCAGGACCAUUCCAUGAGACUCACAGAUGGUUGUUUAAUUCUUAUCUUGGUGAAUACAUGUUAGUUUUGUAUGCUCCUUUCUAUAUUGUGAUGUUAAUUGAAAUUAUUUGGCCACUUAAAAUUUUUGAUGAAACAGCUUUGUCUAUUGUUGAUGAUACAAAGAAAGGGAGUAUUUUGCAAGCAAUUUUCUUUGGUCCUUUAGUUAUAUCUAAUUUAUUAUCUAGAAUUACAUUUAGAGUUAAGUUUGUUGUAUAUUUAAGUCUUCUUUGGCCACUAUUUUUGCCACAAAUGUUUUAUCCUGUUAAUGGAAAGUUUUCAAUUUUGUGGUCAUUUGGAUAUACUGUAGGAUUCACUCCUGUAUUUGAUACAUUCUCUGUUCUAUGCACUGCUUUGUAUUAUUUGAGUUAUGUCCCCCUUGUUUGUUACGGAGCUGUUAUUAGUUUUAUCAUCAAAAGAGAUGGUUUAUCUUUUUAUUUUAUUUUCGAAGUUUUCGUUCUUUUCUUCUUUGUUUAUCAAGUUUAUUUGUUCGUCAAAAAAUACAUUGCAGAGAUUGGUUGGCAGUAUUACUGGUAUUUUGCAUUCCCUUAUUUCCAACUUCCAAUUGCUGCUGUUUUAGUUUUCUUGUAUGAUAUAUUCAAAGAAAGGAAACAGAAGAAGAAAGAUGAUUAA